CACAAAUAACGUACCACUUCAAUUUCCCUUCGCACCACGACACAAAAGGAUGAGGCAUAAGCAUAACAACGAUAUUUCCCUCCUCCUUUGCCUAUCCCUUCUCACAAUUCUGCCUCUCUUAGCCAAAUGUGAUGAACAUCAAAAGCCCUACAUAGUCUACUUGGGAGGGCACAGUGGUGACAAAACACCAGCCCAAAUCCUGGAAACCCAUCACUCAUAUCUAACGUCCGUAAAGGAAACAGAAGAAGAAGCCAAAGCUUCCCUCAUCUACAGCUACAAACACAGCAUCAAUGGCUUCGCAGCAUCCCUCACCGCACAGCAAGCCUCCCAACUCAAUGAACUGGAUGAAGUGGUGUCCGUCAUCGAGAGCCGUCCCAUGAAGUACAAACCCCACACCACAAGGUCUUGGGAAUUCGCGGGGCUGAACGAGGCAGCUACUUAUAACCCGCAAGUAUCGAACCGGUUCGAUACCGAGAAGAGCUUCAUGGCGGAGGAUUUGCUUCACAAAGCUGGCUAUGGCAAAGACGUCAUCGUUGGCAUCCUCGACAGCGGUAUUUGGCCGGAGGCAAGGAGCUUUAGUGACGAAGGGCUGGAACCCAUCCCAAAGACAUGGAAAGGAAUCUGCCAAACUGGACAAGACUUCAACUCUUCCCACUGUAACAAGAAAAUAAUUGGAGCGAGGUACUACCUCAAAGGUUUCGAGCGUCACUUCGGGCCACUGAACGACACGUCGGACUACAGGUCGGCACGGGACAAGGACGGCCACGGGACCCACGUGGCGUCCAUAGCGGCGGGGCGGCAGGUCCAGAACGCGUCGGCUUUCGGCGGUUUCGCCCGCGGGACGGCCUCGGGCGGGGCGCCGCUGGCCCGGCUGGCGGUGUACAAGGUGUGCUGGCCGACGCCGGGGCAGGAGAAGACGAUGGGCAACACCUGCGGUCAGGAGGACAUGCUGGCGGCCAUGGAUGACGCCAUCGCCGACGGGGUCCACGUCAUCAGCAUCUCCAUCGGCUCUGACGACCUCCUGAGCCACAUGGAGGACGGGAUCUCGAUUGGGGCGUUCCACGCCUUGGAAAGGAACGUCGUCGUUGCUUGCAGCGCCGGCAAUUCCGGGCCCACCCCGGCCACGCUGUCCAACGCGGCGCCGUGGAUUAUGACGGUCGGCGCCAGCAGCGUGGAUCGCGCCUUCUUGGGGCGUCUCGUCCUCGGAAAUGGCAAAAUGAUCACGGGACAAACCGUGACUCCGUACACUCUGCCCGAGAGGCUGCCACUAAUCUACGCAGCAGAUGCGGCACUUCCAUGGGUACCAAAGAACGAAACGGACCAAUGCCUGCCGAAUUCCUUGUCGCCGGAAAAGGUCAAAGGCAAAAUCGUGCUCUGCAUCCGAGGAACCACAUUCAGAGUGUUGAAAGGAAUGGAAGUGAAAAGGGCCGGUGGCGCCGGCUUCAUCUUGGGAAAUAGCGCCGAAUUCGGCGACGCCGUCUACUUGGAGCCGCACGUGCUUCCAACCACCGCACUUGGGUACAAUGACACGAAUGAGGUCAUAAACUACAUCAAAUCAACCAAGGACAACGCAACCGCUAGCCUUGCAGAGCCAGAGACGGUUUUCGGCAAUGGACCGGCGCCGUUUAUGGCCGGAUUCACAAGCAGAGGGCCCAAUGUCAUUCAUCCUUCCAUUCUUAAGCCGGAUAUUACAGCUCCUGGAUUGAAUAUACUGGCGGCAUGGAGUGAAGCAUCUCCACCCAGUAAAGUUUCUGAAGAUAAUCGAGUUGUGAGUUACAAUUUCGAUUCGGGAACUUCUAUGUCCUGCCCUCACGUUGCUGGCUUGGCCGCGCUUAUCAAAGCUAUACAUCCCACUUGGAGCUCUGCCGCCAUAAGAUCUGCAAUCAUGACUACUGCGUCGGUAAAGAACAAAAAGGGGGAGGCAAUAACCGAUCAAUCGGGCGACAAAGCGACGCCGUUCGAAUUCGGGUCGGGUCACUUCCGCCCGUCGAGAGCAGCGGACCCGGGUUUGGUAUACGACGCGUCGUACGGGGACUACCUGCUCUAUCUCUGCAGCUACGGGUUGAGAAACGCCGACAAGCGAUUCGAGUGCCCGGAUGUGUUGCCGCCGACGUACGACCUCAAUUAUCCGUCCGUCUCCGUGCCGAAAUUGAACGGGAGCGCCACCGUGAGGAGAACGGUGACGAACGUGGGUGGCGCCGGGAAGGCGGCGUACUUCUUCGGCGGGAAGCCGCCGUCGGGGUUGACCGUGGAGGCGCGGCCCAGCGUUUUGUACUUCAGUCGGGUGGGUGAGAAGAAGAGCUUCGAAUUGAGGAUUACGGUGAGGAAUCGAACGGCGGCGGAGGGGAAUUUCAGAGGCGGGUAUGGGUUCGGGUGGUAUGCUUGGAGGGAUGAUUACCAUGUUGUGAGAAGCCCAAUUGCAGUGUCUUUGGGAUAGGCCCAGUUUCAGUAGAUUUGGAUCAGUCCAUAGAUUUCAUUUGGGGAUUUUUCUCAAAAAGCUUCUUUAGGGGUGUUGGAUGUGAAAGGACAAAGGAGGAAGGGAGGUAUGUGGACUGUUUGGGAUUAGGAAGAAGGAACCUUUUCCUGAAUAACGAUUAAUUGUUGCCCAUUUGCAAUCAAGUGUUCAAUUUGUG